AUGACUUUUUUUAAAAAAAUCCCUAUUUUGAAUAAAAUAGAGAGAUAUUCAUUUUUUUUCCCGGUUCAAUUGACAAAUUUUAGAAGAUUUUCAACAAAAGUAUUUCAAAAAACCUUAUAUUCAUUUGAAAGAAAUGAAACACUUAAAUAUGAUAAAAUUAUUAUAUAUUAUAGAGGAUAUAAUUUUUUAAAGGAUAAGAGUAUGUCUUUUGGAGAUUUUUUCCUUUUUAAACAUCGAUUUUCUACAACAUCAAAAUUAUUAUCUGAACAUCCAGAAAGAACGACGGACUUAAUUUCAGAGAAUACAGAAUCUAUUAUUGAAACACCAUUAGAAGUUAUUCAUAGGAUUGGCGAUCUUAAAGCGAUGGGAUUUUGUCAUUGGACACCUGUUGGAUUUUUACAACAAUCUCUAGAAUAUAUCUAUGUAUUUACAGGAUUACCAUGGUGGGCAAGUAUAGCAACUUUAACGGUUAUAAUAAGAUUUUCUAUGAUUCCUUUUUUAAUUGGAAUGAUUCGAAAUUUAAGUACACUUGCUCUUAUUCAUCCUCAAGUCCAAAAUCACAUGAAAGCACUUAAAGAAGCUCAACUAGAAGGAGAUAUGAUAGAACAAGCCAAAAGAACACAGUCUAUUCAGAAAUUAUUUAAAGAAUAUCAAGUAAAUCCACUAAAGUCUCUUGCUAUGCCAUUUAUACAAAUGCCUGUUUUUGUCAGUUUUUAUCUUGCAUGUUCUCGUAUGGCAUCGUUACCUGUUCCAGGACUAAAGCAUGGAGGAUUAGGAUGGUUUACUGAUUUAAGUGCAAGUGACCCUUAUUUUAUUUUGCCUUUUCUUAAUUCAUCUCUCAUGUUUAUUAACUUAGAACUUGGUUCUGAAGUUGGUUCCAGUGCAUCAACUAAUGUAAAUAUGAAAAUGAGGAAUUUUUUUCGCAUAAUAAUCCUUUUAACUCCGCUUUUUACCAUAAAUUUUCAAUCAGCAAUUUUUUGUUAUUGGAUUACUUCAAAUAUUUUUUCAUUAGGACAGGGUUUUAUGCUUCGUCAAUCAUCUGUUAGACAUCUUUUAAACCUUCCUCCUCUCAAACCCAAAAUCGAAUAUGAUAAACUUGACAAUUCUAAAAAUUCUGAAGGAUUUAAAUCAAAUUUCAUAGCUAUGGUGGAAGGCAUUAAAAAUACGCAUCGUCAGAUUAUAGAAAUAGGUCAAAAUGUAUAUAAAAAACCAAGUGAAUCAAACAAAUAUCCUCGUCCAAUUGACAAAACUCUUGAGGCAUAUAUGUUAAGAAAAAAAAAUAAGUAUAAAGAAAAACAAGAAAGACAAGAAAAACAAGAAAAACAAGAAAAACAAGAAAAACAAGAAAAACAAGAAAAACAAGAAAAAACAUCAUGAGGACAUUUCUGGAAUAUCAUAAAAUCAAAAUGAAUACCAAUCAAUCUUAUAUAUUUUUAUUUAAGCGAUGUGGUCUUUGCUUCACAAAUUAAUUUAAGAAAAUUAAUACAUAAACAUACUCUAGCACCAAGUAUAUUCCAUCGGAUAGAAAUCUCAUGUGCAAAUAUUUCACCAAAGCCUAGAAAUACGCCAUUAAUAAAUGGAAGAAACAUAUUAAUUACUAAUUUCAUAAUUAACUCAAAUAAUAACACUUUAGAAAAAUAUACAAGAUGAACGAAUCAAUGACCAUAUUUUCUUAUAAGACUCACUAUUUACAUAAGGAAUAAGUUUACUCAUAUUGUUUUUUUUCAAUGAAUUUUCAAUAUCAUCAUGAGUCGGAUAAACAUGUAAAACAUCUAUAACAUCAUCUUUUUCAGAUCCUUCACUCGCGGAAUUAUCUUCACUUAAUUCAUAAGAAAAAAUAUCGGAGUCAUGUAUUAAUUGGUUUU